CUCAGAGCAGCGCCGCCAUCUUUGUUUCUCGCUGUCGGCGGGGCGGAGCAGAGUGUGAGCGCAGAGCAGCAGCACACACACACACGAUGGGAGAGCGAGAGGACCUCGUGUACCAGGCUAAGCUGGCGGAGCAGGCGGAGCGGUACGACGAGAUGGUGGUGUCAAUGAAGAACGUGGCGGGCAUGGACGUGGAGCUCACAGUGGAGGAGAGGAACCUACUAUCAGUGGCCUACAAGAACGUGAUCGGAGCUCGGAGAGCCUCCUGGAGGAUAAUCAGCAGUAUCGAACAGAGGGAAGAGAGCAAGGGCGGGGAGGAGAAGCUGAAGAUGAUCCGGGAAUACAGGCAAACGGUUGAGAAGGAGCUGAACACGAUCUGUGGUGACAUCCUGGAUGCUCUGGACAGGCACCUACUCCCCUCUGCUGUCAUGGGAGAGUCUAAGGUCUUCUACAACAAAAUGAAGGGUGAUUACCACAGGUACCUGGCAGAGUUUGCCACUGGCAACCACAGAAAGGAGGCAGCUGAGAACAGCCUGGUGGCCUAUAAAACUGCCACCGACCUAGCAAUGCUUGAGCUGCCACCCACGCACCCCAUCCGCCUCGGCCUCGCCCUCAACUUCUCCGUCUUCUACUACGAGAUCUUAAACUCUCCCGACCGCGCCUGCAGGUUGGCAAAGGCUGCGUUCGAUGACGCCAUCGCAGAACUGGACACACUGAAUGAAGACAGCUACAAGGACUCCACACUUAUCAUGCAGUUGUUACGUGACAACCUGACACUAUGGACUUCAGAUAUGCAGGGAGAAGGUGAAGAACAAAACAAAGAGGCACUGCAGGACGUGGAGGACGAGGCCCAGUGAGACUACGCCACCAACAGCCAACAACUUGAGACCCCACCCUCACCUCCUCACACUCCUCCCUCCCCCUCCCACCUUCGGCCAUCCCCAACCUCCUCCCCCACCCCCAUCUUUCCUCUCCAUCCUCCUCUUCCUCCGCUCCUUUUUCCUUUCUUCCACCUCAGCAGCUCCACGACACCCAGCAGGGCCGAGGAGUCAACAAGUUUAUUUUUUCUCUUCUUUUUUAUUUUUAUAUUAGCCCUUACAUCGUUCAAGUAAAUAGCACUUAAUUGAGAAAGGAAAUACAAUGUUAGAAAGUCAAAGAUAAAGAGAGUCCCUCGGUUUGUUUUUGUGUUUUUUCUUUUUGUCCUGAUACAAGCGGUUCAGAAACAUUAUCUUUGUUUUCAUUAUUGUGUUUUCGUUCGUUUUGUUGCUUUUUUUUUUUCCUCAAUAUUUUUAUCAGUUGCUGGAUGUAUUGAGAAUUUUUUCUUAAUGUAAUUACAGAAAUUAACUUUUAUUACUGAUAAUGUUGACUAUUAGUUAUGGGAGCUAUUUUAUCUCUGUUUUUAGUGAAAUGUCAUGCGAAUCAUUUUUUUUUUUUUUUUUUUUUUUUUUUUUUUUUUUGGGCAGUUUGGAAAAACUACAAGUGCCCUUUUUUUGUUAACUUAGGUUUUCAGAGGAAGUUGGUGAAAUUCGUGAUAUCCACGUGGGGCAGAGAAGUGCUUAACUUUUACACCAUAGUGAUUCUGUUGUCAUGUUUUUGUAGUUGUCCUUGGACUGUACUUUGUGCUGAAAUACUGUAACUGUGCACACAUGCUGAAUCUCUGAAGGUUGACUUAUAUCUAGUUGGUGGUUUUAAUUAAAUGAAUAAAAAACGUUCACACUUGUGUAAAAGACAA